AUGUGCAUUCCUACACCUACAGUCCUUCCUUCUAGAGGCAUUCCCAUUGAAACUACAUGUCCCCGCUGUGGAGAGGAAGAAGAAACUCCAUGCCAUCUUCUCAUUGAAUGUCCUUUUGCAAGGUCAGUGUGGGAAUUGCUUUCUGCCUGUGCUACGGAUGGUCUCGGCGAUCUUAACCUGGAAUCAGUCCUUGCGCUGAUGGGCAAGGGAGGUGGGAACCUUAGUGAGAGAAGCAAAGUCAAACAGUGCAUGGUAGCUUACUCCUUGUGGGAGAUAUGGAAGGCCAGAAAUGCCUUCAUCUUCAGCAAUGAGAUGAUCUCUGCCAGGAAGGUCUGUUACAGAGCUUUGAGUCAAGCUAAGAAGAAGAUUAAGACUCAGCAAAGAUCUACUCAAAAGGCUAACCGGGGUACCACAGUGUCAUUGGCGCUUUUACCGAAAACAUUUCUUUUCAGAUGGCUACCCACACGGCCACCUUGGGUUAAGAUCAAUUUUGAUGGGUCACUUAAGCCAGAGGUUGGUUAUGGUAGUGCUGGGUUCGUCUGCAGGGAUGACCUUGGCAGCGUCAUUUGGGCUCAAAGUUGGCGCCUCAAAGGUACCACGGUUCCCAUGGCUGAGCUUCGCGGAGCGUGGGAGGGCCUUCGCUGUGCUCAUUCUUCAGGCCAGAACCUCUUGCUUGAUAUUGGGCAAUGGCGCCAACAGUUGGAGGGCUUUAUAGCUUCUCAUACUUAUCGGGAAGGGAAUCAGCCUGCCGAUUGGGUUACUGAUGCAUCUUUGGAGACUGGGUCCUUCCAAGCUACUGAAUCAAAUGAUGAUGACGCUAUGGUGAAAUAUCCAGUCGGAAGACUUGGAUUGUUGGAGGAAGGUGCUGGAAAAGUGCGAGUUUUCGCCAUUCCAAAUUCCUUAAAGCAAGCAGGCUUUACUGCGUCCUGCACAUGA